CAUGAAUGUGAUUUAAUUUCUACAACUCUGCACUUCCAACACCAGGCGUAUUUUACCUUGGGCGACCCUCUACCUGAAUAUCUGAGCUCUCACCCACUUCUUUCUCAUCAGUUCCUACAAGCCGCUUCCUUCCCUGCACCUCUGUGCCGUCUUGCCAGCCUCUCUCAAACAUCCCCGCACGAGACACCGCGACUCUCGCUCUGUCCAACUUGAUAUUAUUACAUCCACCACCAUCGCAGCCCAUUCUACGUAAUCAUGUCUGCCGAGGAGGUUGUGUCCGAGGCACUCCAGACCCCGGUCGACCAGAAUGCUCAAUCUGCUGAAGACGCCCAGAAGUUACUCGCCGAACUCCAGAAUGAGACUCCUGCAAGCAACGGCGCUGAACCGGAGUCUGCAGUGACAACGGAAGCCAAAGAGCAACCAGAAGAGACUGUUCAAGCCGAAACCAAGUCAGACAACCGCAAUGGCCAUUCAGAGCGUCGACACGAUGACCGAGAACGACGUAACAACCGCGGAGACUUCAAAGGCCGGGGACGUGGUCGAGGUGAUCGCAGCGGUGGUAAAAGCUAUCGCGAAAACAUCAAGUCCGAUGUCACUACCCAGGCGGAGAGUUCAGAUCCUGUUGCCAUCCGCAAGCAGGUCCACUUUUACUUCUCAGACUCAAACCUUCCCACCGACAACUUCCUCUGGAACGCAACAGGUGGCCCUGCCAACAAACCAGUGGAAAUCAAAACCCUCCACGACUUCAAGCGCAUGCGCCAUUUUCAACCCUUCUCCGCCAUCGUCGAUGCUUUGCGAGAGUCGACCUUCCUCGAACUCACCGAUGACGAUACCAAGGUUCGACGGAAGACCCCAUACGAAGCCAAAACGGAAGAAGGCCCGGUUCAGGCUCGAAGCAUCUAUGCCAAAGGUUUUGGUGACGAAGGCCCCAAUUCCCAGUUCGACAUCGAAGCUUUCUUUGCUAAAUUCGGACCUACCAAUGCUGUUCGUUUACGUCGUUCCGACCAGAAGCUCUUCAAAGGCAGCGUUUUUGUCGAAUUUGAGACCGAAGAAGUCGCCAAAUCCUUCCUCGCUCUUGACCCCAAGCCCACAUACCAAGGAAAGGAAUUGCAGAUCAUGAGCAAGAAAGAGUAUUGUGACAAGAAAGUGGAAGACAUCAAUGCUGGCAGACUCAGACCCAGCGGAGGCAGGUUCGAGAAGAGCAGAGGCGAUUACAAGGGAGGUAACAAGCGCAAGCAUGAUGAUGGGGAUAGCCGUGACUGGAGAACUCGCCGGGACGAAGACCGCAAGCGGGAUUUCAAAGGAGGUAGAGGUCGCAACAAUGGUCACGGCGGUGGUCGAUCCCGUGGCACCGAUGUGGAUGACCGGGGCAUUCCUACUGUCAAGGGCUCCUUGCCAAAAGACAGUGGUAAGGAAGAUGCCAUUGCCAAGGCCAAAGCUGCGGUUCAGGCCGAAUUGAAGAAAGAGUCCGAUGAAAGCAAGAAGCGUCCUCGUGAGGACGAUGGCGAGGCCGAGCGAGAUGCCAAAAAGGUUGAUACCAAGUCCGAGGUUGAGGCUACCUCAUAGCCUGGUGGUCAAAGACUCGUCUAGCUCGCAAGGAAAAUGUUGAAGGCCUUGGAGGCUAUUUUUUCGACCACGUCGGAUCAUCACAGUGCCGGGUCAAGUUCGAACUUGUCCCAAGAAUGUGUUCCGGAGAAGCCACACAUGUUUUCAAGAGUCGCAUAGCGAUCCAAAAGGCGUAUGAGGGGAUUUAGGAAUGCUAGAGUUCCGGUUUGGGUGGAAAUAUUGUGGCUCAUGUGCUCUAGCAAUAGGCAUUAGAUCCGGGUCAUCAAAUAAAUGCGCUCUCUAAUG